ACUUGGUUGUUGAAUAUCGAAAUUAGAGUAAAUCCACAGAAUUUUACUCUAUCAUCAAACGCAAUAAAAAUUUUCUAGUUAUAAAACUAAAAUGUCCGACGAUCAACUUUACGAACAUGUCUACUAUUCAAAAAGAACUCCAACGUUGGAUGCUUACCAAACACCGAAACUACUGCAGCAGACUCAAGAGCAAGCCGAUGAGAUCGUUGAAAUCAUGUGUGAAAAUAUCAACAAAGUUAUGGCACGUAAAAUAAAGCUUGAGGAUUUAAAUGAAACUGCAGAAUCAGUGGAAAGAUUAGCAUCGAACUUUCAAGUGGGAGCUGUUAAAGUAAAGCGCAAAAAAUGGUGGGCUCAAAUGAGGGCAAAGAUAGCUUUGGGUGUUGCAGUUUUUAUCUUUAUUCUCUUUGUAAUCGAUGUUUAG